AUGCGUCUUCUCUGCAAGCUCUGUUUGAUCCAAACUGUGCCUUUAUUUCUACGCCACUUUUCACUGGUAUAUUCCCUUUUCCAAAGUAAAACAUAGGAGGAAAAUGCUGCACUGCCUCUCCCUCAAGUCGAAGUCGAAGUCGUCGUCGUCGUCGUCAUCAGUGACUUCCUUGGCGGCACAACCGCCACCACCUCCUCCUCCUCCUCCUAAUUCCCAAGGCAACCCUGGGAUAUCUUAUAUUUUGUUUAUUUUGGUCGCUCUUUGGGGCUUUCUCUUUUUGUGCGGAACCUGUUUGUGUAAUGGUGCUAAUAUGAUUUUUAAUCUUUUAUUUCUGUUGGCCACAGGGAAUCCGACCGAGGACAGUUCGAGCGCUCAACCCUCACCCACCGUCAACCUCACUCGCGAGUAUACCCUCACUAUCCAAACCAACUCCUACCACGAGAUAUGGUCCCGAAUUCAACCCACCACUGAUACAAAUUGCGACGAAGACUCCCACCACCAGCUCCUAUUGGCACAGGUGCUUCACCCCAGCCGUGAUUGCGUGGAAGACGCCCUUCGCCACGCCAAGACCAACACCCUCACCCUUCUUGUCAAAGCCUAUUUCGAACACAGCGAGAAAUCCACCGUUCUCUGCCUUCUCCUCCUCCAUAGCGUUUAUCGUGCACGUUCCUUCUACGACCCUCUCCAUUCCCUCCUCGAAGUCCUUCCUCUUCACUCUGACUCCGACUUCCACUCUUCCCUCCUCACCCAAUCCCAGUGCAAUCGCGCCUUCGACGUUUUCCUUGAAUUCGACCGCCUCGACAAUCCUUUCCCUUGUCCUCAUUCCCACAACUUCAAUGACAUGCGCCGCUGCUUCUCCCAGCUCAAGCAACAGCUCGAUCGCCGCCUCCGCAAGUCCCGCUCUCGAGUCCGCCUCCUCCGCGGCGCCACUGCUUCGUCUGCCGUUUGUUGUAUUUGCGCCGCCUUUGGGACCGCUGUUUCCGCUGUUGCUAUAGCCGCUCACACCCUUGUAUCCUUUGUUGCCGGAACCUUCUGCACCGCAUACCUUCCUCAAGCUUCAAACUUUCCUCACAAAGAAGUUGCCCAUGUGGCACAACUUGAUGCUGCUCUCAAGGGCACUUUUGUUCUAAACAAUGAGCUCGACACCAUUGAUCGCCUCGUUGUUCGUCUGCACAAUGCGGUUGACAAUGACAAAUUCCUCAUUCGCCUUGGACUAGAGAGAGGCAGGGAGAAACAUCCGAUCAUGGAGGUAAUCAAACAACUCCACAAGAACAAGCUCAAUUUCCUGCACCUGCUCCAAGAUCUUGAAGAACAUAUAUGCCUGUGUUUUAACACCGUCAAUAGGGCCAGAGCGCGUCUUCUCCUGGAGAUCUGUCGUCAUCAAUCUUAUGAUACACUCAUUCUGUGUGAAGCAGAACAAAAUCAGAUGCAAGUGUUAAAGACUGUAUUAUUCUGCUUCGAGGCCGUCUCUGGGCUAAAGGUGAAUUUGGAAAAAUCAGAGUUGGUGCCGAUUGGGGAAGUCUCUAAUAUCCGCCACCUAGCGAGAACAAUGGGAUGUAAGGUAUCUUCCUUCCCUAUGACUUACUUGGGACUUCCUUUAGGGAGUGCCUCGAGGACGAUUGCGGUCUGGGAUUCAGUAAUCGAAAAAAUAGAACGGAGAUUGGCGGGGUGGAAGAGGUUAUACUUGUCAAAAGGUGGAAGGAUUACAUUGAUAAAGAGCACACUCUCUAACUUACCUACUUAUUUCCUAUCUCUUUUCCCAAUUCCAGCAAGUGUGGCGGUACGUAUUGAGAAACUUCAACGUGAUUUCUUAUGGGGGGCCUUGGGGGAGGAGUUCAAGUUCCACUUAGUUAAGUGGGAGCAGGUGUGUCGUCCGUUAUCAGGGGGAGGCUUAGGGGUUCGAAACCUAAGGACUUUCAAUCGUGCGCUACUAGGCAAAUGGAUGUGGAGAUUUGCCGAGGAACAUGACUCUCUAUGGAAAUUGGUGGUUGAGAAGAAGUAUGGUGGCCUAUGGGGGGAGUGGUGUACUAGAGAAGUUAGGGGAGCCUAUGGAGUGGGGUUAUGGAAACAUAUAAGAAGAGGAUGGGGAGUCUUUAACCGGCAUGUUAAGCUUUGUAUGGGCACGGGAUCAAGGAUCAAAUUCUGGAGCGAUGUAUGGUGUGCCAGUAGGGCUUUGAAAGAAAUGUUCCCUCCCUUGUUCCAGUUGGCCAGAGAUAAGGAAGCUUCAGUGGCAGAUGUUAUGGAGUUAGAGGGGGGUCAGAUACUUUGGGAUAUUAAUUUUAGUAGGGCUGCACAAGAUUGGGAAUUAAGCAUCUUCGCAGAAUUUUAUAGCCUCUUAUACUCUAUAAGACCAAGUAGCCAGCAAGAGGAUGUGUUGUGGUGGACUCUAACAGACAAAGGUAAUUUUUCAGUUCGAUCUUUCUAUAAGGCCCUCACCAAUGUGCCCACUUCCAUAUGUCCCUGGAGAAAAAUCUGGAGAAAUAAGGCUCCUCCAAAAGUAUCAUUCUUUGUUUGGACUGCUUCCCUGGGGAAGAUACUCACUACAGAUAACUUGAGGAAAAGGAGGAUCAUUAUUGCUGACUGGUGUUGCAUGUGCAGAAGAGGGGGAGAGUCGGUAGACCAUCUCCUUUUACACUGUGAUACGGUAAGGGUACUCUGGAAUGAGGUAUUAUCGCGACUGGAUAUGGCUUGGGUGAUGCCUAAAACAGUGGAGGCGGCGCUGGCCAGCUGGUCAAAAUAUAAGGGGCAGAAAACCAAUCAAAGAUAUGUGGAAGAUGAUCCCUCUAUGCAUUAUGUGGUGCAUAUGGCAGGAGCGAAAUGAGAGGACCUUUGAGGAUCAAGAAAGAUCAGUGGAGGAGCUUAAACUGUUAUUUUUUAGAACACUUUGUAGCUGGGCCAUUGCUGUGGAUUUUAAUGGCAUGACCAUGCAUGAUUUUCUUAUCUCUAAUGUGCCUACCUAGUUAGGGCGUUAGUGUUGUAAUACUGGCUUUGCUAUUGAUCAAUACAAUUUGUUUAUUUAUCAAAAAAAAAGAAGGUAAGGUUUGUUUUGUUUUCUCUA